AUGCGAGACUUGUUCAUUGUCAGUACGUUUAUCAAAUUACUGUUAAUACCUGCAUAUCGAUCCACAGAUUUUGAAGUGCAUCGAAACUGGCUCGCCAUCACACAUAGUCUACCCAUCGAUAAAUGGUAUAUUGAAAACACUUCAGAAUGGACAUUGGAUUAUCCACCUUUUUUUGCUUGGUUCGAAAAGACAUUGAGCAUGUUUGCUGCGUUUGUGGAUCCAGAGAUGCUUAAAGUGGAUAAUCUCGGUUAUGCAAGCACGGAAACCAUCCUGUUUCAGAGAUUGACCGUGAUUGUAAGUGAAUUGGUAUUGUAUUUUGCAUUGGUGAGAUAUGCCAAAUACUUUGGAAACAAAAUGACCGAGUCGAUACAUAUUCACUUUCAGUACAAUGGAUUUCUCUACGGUAUCUUGAUUUUAUCCAUUGUCGAGGCGAAAAGAAACAACCUUUUAGCAUCAGGCAUCUUAUUUGCCAUUCUACUCAAUUUCAAGCACAUCUAUCUGUACAUGGCACCUGCUUAUUUUGUCUACUUGCUGAAGGCUUACUGCUUUACAGGUCAAGCACAUGAAAAUAGAUUUUCAAUUCAAAGGUUAAUUGCAUUGGGAGGAUCUGUUAUCGCUAUAUUUGGGAUUUCUUUUGGCCCUUUCAUCUAUUUAGGCCAGUUACCCGCUGUUUUCCAACGUCUCUUUCCAUUUACCCGUGGCCUUUGCCAUGCUUACUGGGCUCCUAAUUUCUGGGCAUUGUAUGCUGGUGCUGAUAGAGUUUGCAUCAUUCUGGCAAAGAGGUUCGGAUGGAGCUUAAACCAAGAAGCAAUUACUUCCAUGACAAGAGGUUAUGUCGGCGACACUCAAUUUGCGGUUUUGCCUACGGUCGAAGCUUUGCAUACAAUGCUCAUCACCGUGUUAGUUCAGUUGGUUGUAUUACAAAAGUUAUGGCGAAAACCAACAUUUGACAACUUUCUAUCCUCGCUCACAUUAUGCACCUUUGCCUCUUAUUUAUUCGGCUGGCAUGUUCAUGAGAAAGCUAUUAUGAUUGUGCUGAUUCCAUACGGAUUGAUGGCAUCCAAUAGUAAGGUCAACUUGCGAGUGUUUGGGAUCUUGAGUGCAGCAGGCAUCUUUUCGCUGUAUCCAUUGCUAUUUAGAAGCACAGAAACACCCAUCAAAAUCACACUUACAUUGCUGUGGUUCUGCGCAAUUAUCCCUGGCUUGGCAUACAGUAUGAAAACGCCUUUGAAAAACUUGCUUUCAACCAUUGAAGAAAACUAUCUGAUGGGUUUGUUGGUACUUCAAUUAUACACUGGCUUUAUCCAUGACAUCGUGUUUGGUCAAAAUAAUCUUCAAUUCCUGCCCCUGAUGAUCACUAGCUUGUACUGUAGCGUAGGCAUAGUGUACGGUUGGGCCUUAUUCAUGAUCAAUUAUCUUUCCGGGUAA